AUGGCGACCCUCGCCUGUGGCUCUUGUGGCCACCUCAGCAGGGGUGGCAGCCGAGGGCCGGCACCCAGCGGGCUGGUGGGAGGUGGUAGUGCUGGUCAAGGUAAAGCCGUGUGGAAGCAGCAGGGCUUGCGUGUCAUACAUUCUGAACCAUUCUUUCUCUCUUCCCUGCAGGCUUCCGUUCCGAAGUUUGACAAGGUUCCCUGGCCUAGUGAAGCCAGCCUCCUGAACAAGCCUUUAGUGCUCAGCAUCCCCAGAAGAUCACCACGUUCCCUGGGCGCUUUUCUGCCUGCAUCCAGGAAGGACGGGGACCUGUCAGCUGUGUUCCGUGUUCCAGAUGUCUUAUCAAAGGACAGGAAGACCCAGAUACUACUCCACACCAAGCCAUUGUGUUCUACCUGUCAAGAAAUACACACGAUGCAAUUAAGACCCGUGAGAAUCCCUGACGGCCUUGCACUGUCCUUCAAGAAUGUUGGGAAUCACAGAACAAUGAGUCUUCAUCAGUCCCAAACGGCGGCCUGUUCCAAACCUUCUCAUGAUGCCAUUCCAACAGAGAGCCUUCACUACAGGCUGCCCAUGCUGGGUCCCAGGACAGCCGUCUUCCACAGCCUUCUCUCAGCUGCCUACCAAGCUUUGCAGAAUGUGCAGCAACCUGCUUUACUCAGAAAGGAACCAACAGUCAACACAGUGAGGGUGAACCGCUCAGAGAGAAAGCGGGUUCAUCUGGCUGACCUCUGAUGCCAGCACGGCCCCCUCUGAUAUCCCCAGCUUUGGAAUUCUUGCCACUAGCUUCUCACUCAUGUCUCCUGAGGACAAAAUGGAGUAAUUUAUAUGAUUAAAGUACAAUACAUGAGCAUUUUAGUUUGUUAAAGCACUUAUUCAUAUUAUGAUAGGUAACAUACUUCUGUUUCUGCCAAAGUUAUUUCAGCAAUUUGUUCAGGGCAGGGACGGGAAAUUCGCCGAUGAAUUC